CGGAGGCGGCGCCUCGGGGCGGAGGAGGUGGACCGGGGACUCCGGCUCCUUGUUCGGAUGGUUCAGGGGCUCCUGUCCCAGUCCCAGUCCCAGUCCCAGUCCGAGACUGAGCCCGGGAUCUCCGCCAUGGGACAGGCGCUGCUGCUCUUCUGCUGCCUUCUAACCACCGCUUGUCCUCAGGAUGUGCCGGCACCGGGGCUCGGUUACCACCGGCAGGAGGAGGAGGAGGACCUCCCGCCCCUGACCGGGACCGGGACCGGGACCGGGACCGGGACCCGGGAACCCGCGGAGAGGAGACGCCGAGAGCAGGAGCCCGGAGUCCGGGAGGACUGGCGGGAUGGCGACCCCGCUCGUUGCCGCCUCCGGCACACAGUUCCGGGUAAUGUCGGGGGUGAUGAAGUCACAUCGCUGGUUGCUGCUGGUCCUGACAUUGUCUUGGUGCCUGAGGGAGUCCCGGCGAAUGCUGCAAUUGCUCUGGUUGAGGUGCCCGAUUCCGAUCAAGAGGCUGGAAUCCAGUUUGAGUGUAAGCUUGAAGCCGAGGGGUAUUUUCAGCUUGUGAAAACCUACCAGAGGAAUUACUUAAUUGUGACCAAUGCCAGCCUCGAUCGGGAGAAGAGGGCUGAGUACAGUCUAACGCUGGUAACCUUGGGCAAAGGGACACCAGCCUUUACCACAAAUGUCCGAUUCACGGUAAAGAUCACCGAUGUAAACGAUAACGCCCCAGUCUUUGGUAAAAGUGCCUACCGAGCAUCCAUAGCGGAGAAUGAUCCUCCAAACACCACACUCCUGAUAGUGACAGCCUCCGAUAGUGACCUUGGCGCCAAUGGUCAAGUCACCUACUCUAUUCUGGACUCCUCUUUGGCAGGGACCCCUGUAUCAUCGUUACUUGGCAUCCAUCCCAACUUGGGUAUUAUUUACACCCUGGUAUCAUUUGAUUAUGAGCAACUGAGAACUGUGGACUUUGUGGUGGAGGCCAAAGAUGGUGGCCGCCCUCCAACCAGGACCACGGUGCCUGUUAGGCUGGACAUUAAAGACCUGAAUGAUAAUUUCCCUGUCUUCAUGUCCCCGGCAUCACCAAGAAUCACUGUGCCCCUUGGUGUGGAGUUGGCGGCUGAUGCUGGUGAAUGUGCCCCUGGGCAGACUGGCUUACUCGUGGUUAAUGGGUCUCCGUCGCACCAUCGCCAAAACAUCUACGCGGUUACCACUGUGAAAGCGGAGGAUGCAGAUUCCGGUGCAAAGGGUGAGCUGCUGUACGAGAUGGUGGGUGGUAGUGAUUGGGGGCUCUUUGACAUCAAUGGCAGCACCGGGGAGAUCCAAGCUACCGUUUGCAACCUCAGUGAGUUGUUGGCAAAAGACUGGACCAUCUCGGUGCGCGUGCGGGACCAGGGGAACCCGCCCCUCUCUUCCAGUGCCAACUUCACGCUGACCUUCGUCCCCGCCUCGAAUCCCACUCAGUCAAGGGAGAGGCUCAGUGCCCCGGUUGUCACGGCGAUCUCGUUCGGAGCGCUGUGCCUCGCCCUGCUGCCGAUACUGAUUGCAAGCUGGGGCCGGUGCAAAGCCGAGAAGCGAGAUGCCCGAGCGUACAACUGCCGCCAAGCGGAGACCGCCUACCAGCUGCACCCAAAAAGGCCCCUGAAGCAGAUCCAGAAGACGGACAUCACCCUGCUCCACCCGGGCGGCCGGAGCAGGCAAGGGCCAAACGCUAGCGUGCCCUCCGUCCCUCCGCCCCACCCUGGGACGCCUGAGGUGCAGCAGCAGAUUCAGGAGGAAUGUGCAGAGGUGGUGAAACCCUAUCCGACCCUCCGGAGGGACCGCGACUCCCACCACCAUCAGCUGCUGAGGGAGCUGGUUAGAUUGUCCAUGGCUGGCUUCUCAGAUUGCACCCUGGAGCUGACAUCCGUCUCUCCACAUGUCCAGCAAAUCUCCCAGCUGCUCUCCUUACUGCACCAAGGACAGUUCCAAGCCAAGCCAAAUUUUCGGGGAAAUAAAUAUUUAAGGAACUACAGGGCCGCAAUGCAAGAGGCCGACAGGACCAGCUUGAAGGACAGUGGGCAGGGAGAGAGCGAGGAGGGAGACAGUGAUUGUGACACAGGCAGAAACUCGCCCAUUGACCACCUGCUCGAAGAGGGGCUGAGUGACUUGCUGUCCAGGGGUGGCUGGACAACACCAGCAGUGCUAGGAGCGAGGGCCAGCACGGGAGAGGAGCUGAGUCUAGAGGACCUGUGUUGGAUGUUGCCAACACCUUUGCCGUCUAAUUACAAGGAGAACGUCUUCAAACCCGAGGUAACCGAGAAUCCUCCACCCGCCUGUGAUGGCGAGAAGAACACUUUCUCAACCUUUGGCAAAGAUCCGCUGGAGUUUUAUCCUGGGACAGAGGAGCCGGCUGUCAAAGGAUCCCUUUUGACGGAAAUGAGUGCCCUAUUCCAGCUCCUGCUGUCACAGAAAGCUGAAGCCUAUGCGGAGUCGAGCCCUGAGCUGCUCUUAAAACUCUCGGGUCGGAGAAAUGUCUCCAGCGACGGCGAAGGGGACGUGAGCGGUGUGUUGAGUGGGGGCAAGUUCCCUGGGUGCAGUGGUCCCAGCAGUGGAGCCAGACAUCUCCCUGUGGUGCAGGAAACCGCAGAACAGAGAGAGGAGACCGAGCUGGACUUCCAUCAACUGGUUUAAUGAUCUCGUCAGCCGUUCAUUGCGAAGAGUUGGAUGAAUCUGGAAGAGGUUGGACGUCAAUCGAAAGUCACUUCCAGUGUUUUCGAUCGGUUUCUGAGGGAAGUUGGGUGCAAACCUGGAGAGACCAAGUGGAUCUAGACUGUGAGUUCACGACCUUGCUGCUUGAAGUACCUGGCCUGGAUUAAUACUCAGAUUUACCGCUGGCACCUCCUACACUCUUCCCUCAUGCAGGGCACUGAGUGUGUGUGUGUGUGUGUGUGUGUCACAGUCGUCCUCGAAUCGGUAGGUCAGACAACAGCCGAAGACCUCUACCUGAAACGUUAACCUGUGCACCUCACUGUCCCAGGACUGGACCCUGGGGGGGGGGGGGCAGCAAUGUUGAUAUUUUAGUGCACAUUCACUAAAAGGAUUUUGUAAAUAUUUCCCCAGGUUUUACAGAUAUCCUACUGAAAGGAAGCUUUGUGGUGAACAUUUUGACCUUACCCUGUACCUAUCCCAGUCAAAUACUAUAAAAUAUUUUUCUAUUCUAUUUAAUGAUUUAUUCCUGACUCAGUGCCCUGGAUUUUAUAUAUUUAUAUAUUUUCUGUCACCUACCUUUAUUACUCAAUACCUAAUGUAUAUUUUUGCUCUUUGCAAUAAAAAUUUGUGGAAACCUGGAGUAAUUAAGACUGUGACAUGAGCUUUCAAGGGAUAAGAAAUCUGCAGCAAAAGCUGCAAAGCUGUCACUUGCUCACAGCCCGGACCUUUGUCCAAGUGACUGGCCCUUGCAUGUCAGUGUUGGCACACUGCUCCACUCUGGGGGCAUCACAGGUAAUGUUAUUUUCCUGUUUAAAAGGGUGAUAGAACAAGUCGAGGGAAAUAUUGCCUAGUUAGCUGAAUGUCACUGGUAGAAAAGGUAAUGGCAUCUGUUAUGACCACAGCAGACGUUAUUUGCUGUGCAAACCAAAUUCCAGAGGGAAAUUUGGCUUAAUAGGCCAUACUCUUUAUUUUUGUGUUCUGAAAACAUACUGAUCUCAGCAGCAGGAAGUCUAGUGACAUUUUUGACAUCUUUAAAAAGAAGUAAAAGUCCUAUUACAAGAAGAAAAGAAAAGUUAGGCA